AUGGCGGACGAAGUCUAUGAGGGUGCCAUCGGCAUCGAUCUCGGUACCACUUACUCCUGCGUUGCCGUUUAUGAAGGCACAAACGUCGAAAUCAUCGCCAACGAGCAGGGUAGCUUCACCACCCCUUCCUUCGUCUCCUUCACCGACGAGGAGCGUCUCAUCGGCGAGGCUGCAAAGAACCAGGCGGCGAUGAACCCGGAAAACACAGUCUUUGAUGUCAAGCGAUUGAUCGGAAGACGAUUUGAUGACCCGACGGUGAAGAAGGAUAUUGAAUCAUGGCCAUUCAAGGUUGUCGACCAGGGCGGCAAUCCUAUGGUGCAGGUGCAAUACUUGGGCGAGACCAAGACUUUCUCACCGCAGGAAAUUUCGUCCAUGGUUCUUAUGAAGAUGAAGGAAGUUGCAGAGACCAAGCUGGGAAAGAAAGUCUCAAAGGCCGUCAUCACUGUGCCUGCUUACUUCAAUGACAACCAGCGGCAAGCGACCAAGGAUGCUGGUGCCAUCUCCGGCCUUAACGUCCUCCGUAUCAUCAACGAACCCACCGCUGCCGCCAUCGCGUAUGGUCUUGGAUCCGGCAAAACAGACAAGGAGCGAAAUGUCCUCAUCUACGAUCUUGGUGGUGGUACAUUCGAUGUUUCCCUGUUGAACAUCCAGGGUGGUGUCUUCACAGUCAAGGCCACUGCUGGAGAUACCCAUUUGGGUGGUCAAGACUUCGACACCAACCUCCUUGAGCACUUUAAGAAGGAGUUCCAGAGGAAGACCAAGAAGGACUUGUCUGGCGACGCCCGUGCCCUUCGACGACUUCGAACCGCUUGCGAACGAGCAAAGAGAACCUUGUCGAACGGAACCCAGGCCACAAUCGAGAUUGAUUCCCUGUUUGAUGGCGAGGAUUUCAAUGCUACCAUCACCCGUGCCCGAUUUGAGGAUCUCAAUGCCAAGGCCUUUAGCGGCACUCUGGAGCCAGUUCAACAAGUCUUGAAAGAUGCCGCCAUCGAGAAGUCAAAGGUGGACGAGAUUGUGCUCGUUGGUGGCUCGACCCGUAUCCCUCGUAUCCAGAAACUGCUGAGUGAUUUCUUCGACGGCAAGAAGUUGGAAAAGAGCAUCAACCCCGACGAAGCCGUCGCCUACGGCGCUGCCGUUCAGGCAGGUAUCCUGUCGGGCAAAGCCACCUCUGCCGAGACCGCCGAUCUCCUCCUCCUCGAUGUUGUUCCGCUUUCUCUGGGUGUGGCCAUGGAAGGCAACAUCUUCGCUCCUGUUGUCCCUCGCGGUAACACAGUCCCUUGCAUAAAGAAAAGGCAUGGCCAUCUCAUUUUCUUUCCUAUAUUUUUAUGCCAUCAGACUGUCCAGUUUCCGGUCUACCAGGGUGAACGGACCAACUGUGAAGACAACACUUCUCUGGGAGAGUUUACCUUAUCUCCAAUCCCGCCUAUGCGUGCCGGAGACGCUGCUCUGGAAGUUGUGUUUGAGGUUGAUGUCAAUGGUAUCCUCAAAGUGACUGCUACUGAGAAAUCCUCUGGUCGAAGUGCCAACAUCACCAUCUCCAACGCAGUCGGUAAAUUGUCGACCACUGAAAUCGAAAAGAUGGUCGAGGACGCUGCCAAGUUCAAGACGAGCGACGAGGCAUUCACCAAGAAAUUCGAGGCUAAACAACAACUCGAGUCUUACAUCGGUCGUGUAGAGGAGUUAAUCAAUGACCCUGGGUUGUCGAUGAAGAUGAAGCGCGGCAACAAGGCCAAGAUCGAGGAGGCCCUGAGUGAGGCUAUGCAACAGCUCGAGUUGGAGGAUUCGACACCAGACGACUUGAAGAAGAAGGAACUGGCUCUGAAGAGAGCUAUGACCAAGGCCAUGGCUACGAGGUAG